ACACACACACACACACACACACACAGUUCCCUCCACCCACCGCCACUUGCUGUCUGAAAGAUUGUAUGUUUGCUGUGUGACUUCAGUGGUGAAGAGACUGUAAACAAGCAGAAGGGGGAAGAAGGGUACUCUUGUGUGUCUCUGGAUGCUGGACACAUUACACCCAGGGAACCGAAGAUCAAAAAAAGACUGUUCGUAGCACACAAACUUCAAGAUUCAAACUGCAGGUUUGGAGUUGAUCCAGGAUGCAGCUCUACCUCGCUCUGCUGCUGGGGAUUGUGGCCUCUGCUUCAGCAGAAUGGAGGCGUCCAGUGAUCAAGUUCAACUCUAAGGUGGUGGAGAGUUCUGAGGUGGUGGUCAGACCUGGGACCCCUCUGGAUCUGAGGUGUGAGGGUGACAGGCCUGUAAACUGGCAAACAAGGCUAGCCAAACACCGACGUUUCGUGUCCAAGGGCAACGGAAACGUCCGCACCUUGAAAGUGGAACGUCCCUCUGCAGAGUUCACUGGAACAUACACGUGCUUUUACACCGCUGGGUCACAGCAACUGACCUCCUCAGUGCAUGUGUACGUAAAAGAUCCAAACCGUGUGUUCUGGACCAGCAGCACAUCCCUGCGGGUGGUGCGGAAGGAAGGUGAGGACUAUCUGCUGCCCUGCCUGCUAACCGACCCAGCAGCCACCGACCUGGGCCUGCGCAUGGACAACGGCACCUCCGUGCCGCCAGGGAUGAACUACACAGUUUACCGGCACCGUGGUAUUCUUAUCAAAAAGCUUCACCCCCGCUUUAAUGCUGACUAUGUCUGCACAGCCAAAGUCAGCGGAGGGGAGAGGACCUCCAAAGCCUUUUCCAUCAACGUCAUCGAGAAGCUUCGUUUCCCUCCAUAUGUCCUCCUAGAGAAUGAUGAAUAUGUGCGCAUUGUUGGAGAGGAACUCAAGAUUCGCUGCUCAACACACAACCCCAACUUCAACUACAAUGUCACCUGGACAUACACCACCAAGUCGAAACCAACGAUCGAGGAGAAGGUACGCUCCAGUGGAGAAAAUCGCCUGGACAUACAAAGCAUACUGACCAUCCAUGCGGCAGACCUUGCAGACACAGGAAACAUUUCCUGCACCGGCACUAAUGAAGCAGGGGUGAACAGUUCGACGACAUACCUACUGGUUGUGGACAAGGCCUACAUUAGGCUGCUGCCCCAGCUGUCCCCUAAACUGGCCCACCAGGGUCUUUCAGUGGAGGUGAACGAGGGAGAAGAUCUGGAGCUCACCGUGCUGAUAGAAGCGUACCCCCACAUUACAGAGCACAGAUGGCACACCCCAACAUCUCCCAACACAUCCACACAGGAGCACAAGCUCAUCAGAUACAACAACAGAUAUCAUGCUACUCUGCAGUUGAAGAGAAUGAAUGCACAGGAGCAGGGGCAAUACACCUUCUAUGCCAAGAGCGAAUUGGCCAAUGCAUCUAUCACAUUCCAAGUUCAAAUGUAUCAGAAACCUGUUGCUGUGGUCAGAUGGGAAAACAUAACCACACUCACUUGUACCUCAUUUGGCUAUCCUGCUCCCAGAAUCAUCUGGUACCAGUGUUUUGACAUACGGCCUACCUGCAAUGAAAACACCACAGGGAUGCAGCUGGCGAUCCCGCUCCAGGCACCCACAGUGGAGGUGCAGAGGGAGGAGUACGGGGCCGUGGAGGUGGAGAGCGUCCUUACCGUGAGGCCAUCCAGCCGGAGGAUGACAGUCGAGUGUGUGGCCUUCAACCUUGUAGGCGUCAGCAGCGACACCUUUGCCAUGGACGUUUCUGACAAACUUUUUACUUCCACCUUGACUGGAGCAGCCGGCAUUCUGGCCAUCCUCCUUUUGCUACUGGUUUUUCUGUUAUACAAAUAUAAGCAGAAACCCAGGUAUGAGAUCCGCUGGCAGAUUAUUGAGGCAAGAGAUGGAAACAACUACACCUUCAUUGACCCCACUCAGCUGCCUUACAAUGAGAAGUGGGAGUUCCCGAGAGACAAACUGAAGCUAGGGAAGAUCCUGGGUGCGGGAGCUUUUGGAAAAGUUGUUGAGGCAACAGCCUAUGGUCUGGGAAAGGAAGACAAUGUGGUGCGUGUAGCUGUGAAAAUGUUAAAAGCCAGUGCCCAUUCGGAUGAGAGGGAAGCUCUGAUGUCUGAACUGAAGAUCCUGAGCCACCUGGGACACCACCAGAACAUUGUCAAUCUAUUGGGAGCCUGCACCUAUGGAGGACCGGUGCUUGUGAUCACGGAGUACUGCAGCCUCGGUGACCUCCUGAACUUCCUUCGCCAGAAGGCAGAAACAUUUGAGAACUUUGUUAUGAACAUUCCAAAUGUUGUAGAGGACUCUAAUGACUACAAGAACAUCUGUAGUCAGAAACAGUUCAUUCGAAGUGACAGUGGGAUCUCCAGUACACCUUCAAGCAGUUAUUUGGAGAUGAGACCCAGCCAGGUGGCGAAUAUGGAAUCAUCUCCAGACUGUGUGUGUGAGGAGGCUGGUGACUGGCCGCUAAACAUUGACGACUUGCUGAGGUUUUCCUUUCAAGUUGCUCAGGGCCUUGACUUUCUGGCUGCCAAAAACUGCAUUCACAGAGACGUGGCUGCUAGAAAUGUCCUCUUGACUGACCACAGAGUGGCCAAGAUCUGUGACUUUGGCCUGGCACGUGACAUCAUGAAUGACUCCAACUACGUGGUGAAGGGCAACGCCCGUCUGCCAGUGAAGUGGAUGGCUCCUGAGAGCAUCUUUGACUGUGUGUACACGGUCCAGAGUGACGUCUGGUCCUAUGGCAUCCUCCUGUGGGAGAUUUUCUCUUUGGGCAAGAGCCCCUACCCCAGUGUGGCUGUGGACUCUAGGUUCUACAAGAUGGUUAAGCGCGGCUACCAGAUGUGCCAACCAAACUUUGCCCCAGCUGAGAUCUACAUGAUCAUGAAGAUGUGCUGGAAUCUGGAGCCUACAGAGCGUCCAACAUUUAGCAAGAUCACUCAGAUGAUAGAAAGACUCCUCAGGGACCAAUCUGAGCAGGAACUGCUAAUCUACCAGAAUGUGCAGCAGCAGGUCACAGAGGGUGAAGUGUGUGACGAGUCCAAGUGUUGCGACGGCCCCUGUGACCGGUCUUGUGACCACGAGGAAGAGGAGCAGCCUCUGAUGAAGACCAACAACUACCAGUUUUGUUGAAAGCCCUAACCGCCAAACAAUCAGUAAAUCAAUCACUCAUCAACAAGCAUCAGGAAAGUGGGAUCAGCUGUAGUUCAUUGCCAGAGUAUACCACAGCUUGUUCUAAACUGCCAGACAGUCGCAGAGAGUUGCCUUCACAGCUAUUUUUUGCCUGUUGUUCCGUCUCGCCAGACAGACAAGCAGCUGCAACAAGCAUGUGACUUGCUUCCUUGCAGAUUAGGACUAGAAAUUGCCACGUCUAACACCGAUUGCAGACAGAAAUGGAUGGAACACGUCAACAAACUGCUCAAGCAUCCAAAGCUGUACCUUUUCCUAAACAUUUCUCCCUCACAGGCUGUUUAUCACUCCUUCUGUGUAGCUCUUUGAGGUAUAAUCAGUUAUCCAAAGGAUAAUCUGUUGAGUGUUAUUUACUAUAUAUUGUACACUGCCCCAUGACGGUAAAUGUCUUCUUUUUUUCUGUAGAGGUUUCAGUCACUUUUGUCAGCAGGUUCACUUCCUUUUCAUUAUUUUAUUGCCAUUCUCAGAGGAAGCAACCCAAAAGCCACAAACACUAGAUUAACAACAACAACAACAACAACAGCAGCUAUGUGAGCUACUCAUCUGUACGUGCUCUAAACAGGUUAGGUUUUAUUCUCUGUGCAACACCUCAAUCGAACAUCUAAACAGUGCAAGUAUUUUUGUUUUUAACAUGCUAAAUCGAUCUGUGCUUUGGAUAUGGCUGAAUUUGUUGUGACACACUUCAAACAUCUGCCAGUUGGUGGCAACAUGUGAUUGUUCCACUUCAAUCUUAUAAAUUAAGCAGUGUUCCGUGUGAUUUAGGAGCAGGAAUACAACUGAACCGAGCAGGGAAAUCUGUGGAUCUAUUUUGGACCAGAUGAACAAUGUUUCAUGUCUGACAAUGUGAAAGCUAUUUUCUUUUGUCUUUGGGUGGCACAAUUUAAUCUUUAAUCUUGAUGCAAGCUUUACCGAGGUCUAUAUGUAGCAGUCAGCGUACACUGCCAACUGUUUGAAGAUUUUAGAAUAACAAAUAAGCUAUGUGAGAGUCUGCAGUCUGCAGAUUUGUGUGACAUUUCAAAUGGGCUUGCAUCUGAAUGAGACACGAGUGGGAUGUCUAAUAAUGUAUAUAUCAUUAUGUAAAUCAAGAAUUAUCUUUAUUUUCGCUAGAAUGUUGUAGAGUGGUUAGUAGUACAUCAAUAUUUCAUAUAUUUGUUUUUUCUGUGUGUAAAUGAGACAAUCAAUGUAAAAGUUGCAAAUUAAAUCACUGAAAAACUGCAGUGGCUUUGAAUGAAGCUUUACAAUUGCAACUCCAGAAUGUAAAGUUGUUUAUAUAUUAUAAGAUUAGUAUGGUGCCAGAUAUUUUUAAACUAGAUUUUUCUUUGUUGUAUCGCACUGGGCUGUGUUUAAGUUCUUCUCCUCACUUCCCAAUUUUUGAUUGGAAAAUGUCCAAUCUGCAUUUCCUCUGGAACAUUUCCCACAGUAUCUGUCAACAUUGCACCACUCUGAAAUCUUUGUGGGGAAGUAGCCUAUUCAUCCCAUUGCUGAGACUAAAGAAAGUCUGAAUGCUUUUCCUCCUUUUCGUGGUUUCAACUAAAAUAAUUUUUCUUUUUUUGAACUAGCUGGCCACUGUCGGCCACAUUUUGGGGUGCCAGAUUUUCUGAGGUACAUUUGGAAUAAAAGUCUUGUUACGUUGUCCAUCAAGAAACUGAGAUUUUACUGAGUUUGAGAAAAGCACAAUACUAAUAAGUGGUUUUGUUGCUCUGCCAAUGUCCUCCUCUAUUCUUUCAUUCAGUUGCCUCAGAAUUAAUUUCUUCAAAACACAAACAACCAUUCCUGGGCUUUAUGUUGACGUUUAUCCUUGAUUAGCUUCUAGUUACAAUUUAAAACAUUUUCUGUUUAUCCAGAAUGUAAUGUUCAAAUAAUUAUCUAAAUUGCACUGCUAUAAACUAAGUGAACGUUUUACCUGUA